ACUUUCACGAAAAUAUUUUCACGCGUAAUAGAACGUAGCCCUGAGGAAAACACAGUCCUUCCAAUUGACUUGUAUAAAAGGCCUUCAAUUUCUUGCGCAUCAGUCUCUUUAACGUGGAACCCCUCUCUAUGUAUCAUCAAUUGUUUCUUUUCCCUCUUUGUUUUGUUGUUCCUGCAAAUUCAGGGAAGGAUUCGAAUUCGUGGAUGGAUUUCUCUAAUUUUUGGAGCGACUCAUCUACUUUCUUGACCUAAAAGGAAGCUCGGCCUCUUUAUUGGUAAGGAGUUGAAAACAUGAAGUUAAGAAUGGUGUCCCACACUUGGGGCGCUCUUUGUAAUGUUGGUAUCCGAGACCUUCUAAAGUCCGAAUAUUUGAAACCUCGGCAUGGUUAAUGGCUUAGUUCACUUCCUAAAGACAUGCGAAGAAUGGUUUUCGUUGUUUAUUUUUUUCGGGUAGUUCAGCGGUUGGAGUCAAACUUGGGACCUAGCGUUGCAUUUGACAACAGCUAAAACAAGGGAGUACUUUUUCUUUAUGUUAUACCGAUCUGCAGGAUUAUUUUACUAACACUUUUUUGACAACUUGGUGCAGGAUUAGAGAGAUGGAACAACCAAUAGAGUUGGAAGCAACCCCUGAGUCCGAAAAGAUGCUUGAGGAACAGUUGUCAUAUGCUAUGAGAAUAGACCCCACAAGAGAGCGCUUCCCAUGCUGCAUAGUUUGGACUCCUCUUCCCAUAAUUUCAUGGUUUGUGCCCUUCAUAGGCCACAUUGGCAUUUGCAGAGAGGAUGGCGUCAUCUUGGACUUUGCAGGACCAAACUUGGUCAGUGUAGACAACUUUGCAUUUGGUGCUGUUGCCAAAUACAUCCAACUCAACAGAUCACAGUGCUGCUUUCCUCCAAACUUAGCUGGGAAUAAAUGCGAGCCUGGUGAGAAGCACAUGGACUCGGGGACAGUAACAACAUGGAAUGAGGGGCUUAGGAUGGCCAUAUGCCAAUUCCAACAUCGAUCUUACAAUAUCUUUACUUGCAAUUGCCACUCUUUUGUCGCCAACUGUCUAAACAAGUUAUGUUAUGGUGGGCAUAAUGGGUGGAAUGUGGUUAACUUGGCUGUUUUCAUCUUUUGCAAGGGUCGCUGGGUGAACAAAUUGGCUAUUGCGAGAUCUUUCCUGCCCUUUGUUUUAGUGUUAUGUGUAGGUCUUGUGUUGGCUGGCUGGUCCUUCUUGUUGGGCUUGGCUCUCUUCUCCUUUGCCAUUGUGGGGUGGUUUCUCUUUGGUACUUGCUGCUUCAAGAAACUGAUCCAGUUAUAGUCUCCUAAGGGCGAACCUUGUCAUGGAUCAUGUGGUGUUUCUUUGUCGAUCAGUGUUGCACUUCUCUAUUUUGUCCGGUUUAAAAGUCUAUCAUGUGACCUAAAAUGAUGAAAUACUUGAGUCUUCACAUAUUGAAUGUAGAAAUUAUAUAGUAAUCUUUAUGAUGUAAUCUUCCUCUUCACCUCAGCCAAGAAGCCUAGAGGUGUAGAAGCCAUGGGCUUCGUGUGUUUAUUGAUGA